AUGGCGGCGAAGCCGGAGCGGGCUCCGCGCAUGCGCAAGCUGAGGGCAAGCGAGUGGCGGGAAACCGCCAUGGCGGAGGCUGCGGCGGGAGCCGGCGGCUCCCCCGGUCCGGCCGCGGCCCCGUCCCCGCGGGGUUCGGCCGGGCCACAGGAGGAUGAGGGAUGCCCCGGCGGAGCCAGCCCUGAGAGCGGAGGAGUCGCGCCAGGCGGGGCCUCUGAGGUGAUUUUAAAACCUCCCAGCGGAAAGGGCGCCCCGAGCUCCCCGUUCAGCCCCGGGCAGGAGCCGCAUUCGCUCCGUUUGUCGCCGGUUCCCGCCGCCUCCUCCCCUCAGCGCCGCCGCCGCUCCUGGCGCCGCUCCAGCCUCCAGGGGCGCCGCUCCCGGCGCCGCUCGCUGCCCCCCGUGCACCGCGAGGUCACCGACUUGAGCCAAUCCAUCAGCCUGGAGCUCCCCGAAGUUCAGCGCCUCUCCCUCCUCCUCCUCUCCAGCUUCCAGUUCUGUGCCCGGCAGCUGCAGCAGGACCUGCGGGGCUCCCCUGGAUUCGACCCCGAGCUUUUCUCUGCCCAAGCGCUGAAGGGCUCGGAGCAGCUGCAGAGGCUCCUGCAGAGGCUGCUCCAGGAUGGGACCCUCGGGAACUGCCUGGAACCAGCCCCAGGGGAUUGCCUGGAUCCGGCCCUGGAGGGACCCGUGGGGCAGGUGAAGCUGCUCAUGGCCAGUCUCUCAGGGGAGCUCCAGGCCUGGGAUCGGCUCCUGCAGCAGCACCGGGAGCGCAGCCAGGAGACCUCGGGGUUUCUGCAGCAGCUCCGCUCUGGCCCCGCCCCCUUUGCCCCUCCCCCCGCUCUCCCCUCCCCCCUCCCGGGCCCCAGACCCGACUACGGCUCCGUCCUGGCCCAGCAGCGCCCGGCCCUGCACCAGCUCCGCCUCCUGGUGGAUGAGGCACAACAAGCCGGGAAAAUGGUGCUGGAAUUCCACCAGCAGAGCAGGAGCUUCCUCAGCGGCCUCUCGGAGCAGCUGGCUUCCAGAGCGUUCCGGAGGCUGCAGGGAUCCCCAGCGCGGAAGUUGCUGCAGAAGAGGCCCCAAAAGGCGCUGCCCGAGGAGAGGGAAUGAAAAUAAAAAAAGGAAAAUCCCAAAA